UCACCCGCGCGAGGGCUCACUUUUUUUUCAUUCCCGCGCGCGCCACGCGCCUCAUCAAAUUGUACAAUCCCGUUCUCGAUCUCGGCCGCGUGAAUAUAUCCACGAUUAUCUUUAUAUUAUCUUUUUUUCGCAGCCAUCGUUGUCGUUAGUAGCUCGUUGUCGCCACCACCGCCAACGCUACCAUCAUCAACCACCAUCAACCACCACCAUCGCCACCAUCGCCGCGCGCGGUGUGUGUCUCCACUCUUUUUUAUCGUUUACCAGUUUUUCCUUCCUGCGCGGUGCCGAGAUACGGUCUAUGUACUACGUGUGGCUGGUGUGCUGGUCGCGCGUUUCCCAAUAUCGUUCGGCAACAGGUGAUAAACGGACGAGGUCGACAUUGAUCCAUUGAGAAGUGUCGCUUGACUGCUGUUGUUGUCGCUGCGCCGCAUCAUGUUCGCGAAGUCGAGAGGCAGCAGCAUCACACCAUGCGACUUACUGCCUGACCCGAUUCGUAACACGUACGAAAUCGGCAAGCAGUCCGCAACAGCCGGACCGGAAAACGUCUGGCGCAUAUACGACGGUUAUCGGAAAAAAGACAGAAUGGAAGUGUCGAUAUUCCUGUUCGACAAGCGAUCGGCUGAGAAACUUCACAAGCCGAAACGCAAGGAGGCAGUUACGGACAUAUUGCGGGAGGGUGCCAUCCGGAUGGAACGCUUCUCGCAUCCGAAGCUUCUACAGGCGUACAAAGUGGAGGAGUGCGCGGAAACGUUGGCUUUCGCGUCCGAGCCGGUGCUCGCCAGCUUGGCGAACGUCCUGGCGUACAAGGAGCAGCUGGCGCACACGCUCGCGGCGCAAUCCUCGGGACCGAUGGGCAAGCAGAAUCAUCCGCCGACCACCGGCAGUCAUCAUCGCUCGAUCUUCGUCAAGGAGUACGAGCUGCUCGAGCUGGAGAUCAAAUACGGGCUUCUGCAGAUUACAGAAGCUCUGUUGUUUCUUCACAGCAACUGGAAAGUGAUUCACAGGAAUAUUUGUCCGACGAGUAUCAUUAUCACAAAGAGAGGCACGUGGAAAUUGUCGGGAUUCGACUUUAUCGAGAGAGCCAACGAGAUACCGAUAACCGUGCAACCGUGGACGAAACACAGUUCGAAAAUGACUCAGCCGAAUCUCGAUUAUAUAGCGCCGGAGGUGCAACAAAAAAAGCUCGGCAGCUUCUCCAGCGACAUGUACAGUCUCGGUAUGAUUAUAUGCGCGAUUUACAAUCAAGGCCGGCCGCUGAUACAAGCGAAUCACAAUCCUUCGGAUUAUCUCAAACAGCUCGAAACCCUUGAAGAUCAAGUCGCCGUUAUCUUGCCGAUGGUACCGAUACCUCUCCGGGAGGCGGUGACGCGACUCUUGCACAAGGAUCCCGAUCAAAGGCCUACCGCUCAAGUUCUGACCAUGAUCAAGUUCUUCCGGGAUCCGUUCGUGCACGCCCUUCAAUUCCUUGACGUCAGCAAGAUGAAGGACGUGCAUCAGAAGGAGCACUUCUACACAACAACGUUGAGAGAACUGUUGCCGUACAUGCCAAAGAAACUCACAUAUCAGCACAUCUGGACGUAUCUCGCGGCCGAGCUGCAAACGCAAGAGGUCCUGUCCGCCGUGCUGCAACCGAUGUUGUACAUCAUACAGAACAGCACCAAGGAGGAGUACGACCAGAUCUUGUUUCCCACGCUCAAAUCUCUCUUCAGCAAUCGAAAGUCGAUUCAAGGUACCGUGACCCUGUUGGAGAAUCUGCAUAUCGUUCUGGAGAAAACGUCCCAGGAAUACGAACGCGAGGUCCUCGCGAUGCUGUACACGUCCUUCGAGAACUCAACCAUUCAAGUGCGCACGGCCGCGUUCGUGGCCGUGACGAAGGUGACGAAUUAUCUCGAGGACGACGCCAUACGCAACGUGGUGUUGCCGAAGCUUUUGGACGCGUUCGAGAAUAAUUCGGCGGAUCCGCGAGUGCUCAUGGACGUGGUGCCGUGCAUCCUGUGUCGUCUUGAGAAGCAGAAAAUCAUCGACUGCAUCUUGCCGCUGCUCUGUAAGGUCAAACUGCAAGAACCCGAGAUCGUCGUGCGGGUUGUAAAUAUUUACAGGCUGAUGCUUACCGACAAGAAACUCGGGCUGUCGGUCAAUUGGAUGGCGGUGCACGCGAUGCCGUCGCUGGUGCCGCAAACGGUGAAUCCGGCGCUGAAUCUCGAGCAGUUUAUAUUGCUUCUCGAGGUAUUGCAGGACAUGCUGAACAGCAUCGAGAGACAUCAGAAGAACAAAUUGACGCUCGAUAAUCUCUCUUUGCCGAGUCCCGACAAAUAUCGACCUUUGCGACAGUACAGCACCGACAACGUGCAGGUGCCGGCUUUUACCAUUCCGAAUGUGCGCAUCGAGCAACGCAAGACUUCCUCGGCCGAGGAUAUGGCCAGAAAGAACAGCAUCGGAUCCAUAUCGACGGCGUCCGCGGAAAAUAUGGCGCGGAAAAGUUCGAUGGCUGCGGUUUUCGGUGGAUGGUUCACCUCGUCGUCGACCAACGACAGCAAUUUCUUGCGAGUGGCUAAUACUUUCACCAGCAGACGUCUGUCAGACAACACCCUUAUGACACCGAAGAUACGAAUAGCACCCUCCUGCGCGAGUUCACCCGGUGGUACGCCCGGCGGAGGAUUGCCUAUCCGUCGACAUUCCAGCACCGGCCCCCAGGAACGACGGGGAUCUAAUAUUAAUUUAUCUCCGCCUACGGGCGGCGGGAUGCCGAUAACGAGCAGCAGCGUUCCGUAUCUGCUCAGUUCAAGCCUAAACAGUAUUCGCGGCUCGAGACGACCGUCCGUAUCCUCGACGUCGUCGCAGCAAGGCAUUGGGCUACUGCAGCAGGUUGGCUCCAGCAUGGUAAGACAACUACCCCCCAUCUGCCUGAACCUGAACGGACCACCACCACCACCAACACUCUCUCCAUCACUCCAGCUACCAGGACAGCAUUCCCACUGACCCUCCGUCGCAGUUAUCAGUUCUUCAACCGACAACCUGAAGCGUGAAGUGCCAACGAUAGUUACCGAACACGAAACAAGAUCGCGGUAGUUAUGGAAUUUCUGACUAGCGCGCAUCAUCGAUCCACUCGCACGCUCGGUCAGUCGUAAGAGAAAUUGUCCCAGCGUAGUAAUGAAAAAUCUUACGCGAGCCUCGUUCUCUUUUAACCAUAAUUGGCUUUGUUACUUUGAGAAAGGUGUAAAAUCUUAACACGAGGAUCCGACGUGGGUCGGAUCGCAAAUUUUGCGAAUCCGAAGAAAUAAGAGAGGCAAUUUACUUACUCGCGGUUCACAAUCCGACUUGAUACAAAUGUAUAAAUGUAUCCCGAGAUAGCAAUGUGUCAAUUGCAAUAUGCCGCAAAUUAAUCCUCUCCCUCUCUUCCCUUCCAAUGGAAAUUAAUAUUGGCGUGUGUGUAUCUCCGCACAUAUUAUCCGUCGCCACUGCGUGGCGAGCGAGGGUUCCACAGAGAGACACGUGUGGUUUGGUACAGUGCGUAUAUAUAACGGGAGCCCAAUUACAUAAAUUUAUGUCGAACAUUAAAGGAUAUAUCAGAAGUCGCUGAGAAACCGAUUCGAAACACAUUUGACUGAGUAUAUCGAUUAUUAAUAUAAAUAUUGAAUAUUAUUAUACAAACGUAAUAUUUUUUAAUGAAACUCGUUAUUUCUUUCAUUGAAAAUUGAAUCGUCCGUUUUUUCGCGUAUUUUCAGCGCUUGUUUCACUACUCAAAUACGUGGCCGUCCGUUUUUCAUCUAUCUUUCUUCCUAUCUAAUAUACAGAGCCAAUACAAUUAACGUCACACAGAAGGAUCGAGUGAUACACAAGACUGUCUAUGUACCGAACGUGUGGAAGUACCGAAUAUGCGGUUCGGAGAAAAACAAAAAAAAAA